AUGUUUCUGACUAAAACUGAGUAUGACCGUGGUGUGAAUACUUUUUCUCCUGAUGGUCGACUUUUCCAGGUUGAAUACGCAAUUGAGGCCACUAAAUUGGGUUCGACUGGGAUAGGAAUAAAAACACCAGAAGGUGUCGUGCUUGCCGUGGAAAAAAGAAUAAACUCCCCUCUCAUCGUGACCGAUAGCGUUGAGAAAAUUUUCAAAAUCGCCGAUCAUCUUGAAAAUUUUACUUUUAUAGCAUGUGCCGUCAGCGGGCUUGUGGCGGAUGCACGAACAUUAAUCGACCGUGCGAGGGUUGAAACGUCCCAUCAUUGGUUUGUUUACAAUGAGGAAAUGAAUGUUGAGGAUGUCACUCAAGCAGUUAGCAACCUAGCCCUGGCCUUCGGCGAUGACGACGCUGAACCAGGAGCAAUGAGUCGUCCUUUUGGUGUUGCCCUUCUGUUCGCUGGUCACGACGAAAACGGUCCUCAACUUUACCAUAUGGAUCCAAGUGGAACUUAUAUUCGGUACGAGGCGAAGGCUAUUGGGUCGGGUUCUGAGGGGGCGCAGCAAGCACUACAAGAGGUCUUCAAGAAGGACAUGACUCUCAAUGAGGCCUGCAAGCACGCGUUGACGAUACUUCGUCAAGUCAUGGAGGAAAAACUAGAUGCCAAUAAUGUUGAAGUAGGUUUUUUUUCAAAUUACAGUUAA